AUGUUACUAAAGAAUCCUUCACUAAGAACAUUUUGGCCGAUAUCGAAUGUGUAUAAAGCUUUUGGAAAAUAUUCACUCUCGGGCAUUAAAUUUGCAUAUAUUCAUCCAGCCAGAAAAACAAAGGACAUGCUUAAUGCGGAAAGUGCAUAUCUUGAUUCUUUGGGGACCAAUUUUAAGCAUGGAGCAAAUUUUGCCACAACCUCCUCCACAAUCAGAUUGCCAUCACAAAUUAUACCCGGAGGUGGAUUUAGUCCCUUUUAUCUCAACAUUCAAUACUCACAAUUUGUGCAGUUCAAAUCCAGAUCACAAACUAUAAGGGAAAAAGGAGGAAUAUAUGCAAAUUUAAUGCCCGAGAAGGAUUAUUUUCCAAAAGCUUUAUACACAUUUGAUAUCGGUCAGAAUGAUAUUGGUGGAGGAUCCUUUAGUAACAUGACUAUAGAGGAAGUCAAUGCUUCUGUCCCCGACAUAGUCAACAACUUCUCUACUAAUGUUAAGGCAAUAUAUGAUGUGGGAGCUAGAUCAUUUUGGAUCCACAACACAGGACCACUUGGUUGCCUUCCCUAUAUUUUGACCAAUUUUCUAUCAGCUCAAAGGGACAGCCAUGGUUGCGCAAAGCCCUAUAAUGAUGUGGCUCAAUAUUUCAACUACAAGUUGAAGGAGGCCAUAGUUCAGCUCAGGAUUGAUCUUCCUUUAGCUGCAAUUACACAUGUAGACAUCUACUCUGCCAAGUAUUCUCUAUUUAGCGAAUCAAACAAACAUGGAUUUGAGCUUCCGCUUGUUGCUUGUUGUGGGUAUGGAGGGAAGUACAACUAUAGCAAUAGUGUUAGGUGUGGAGGAACAAUUACAGUAAAUGGAAGCCAAAUAUUCGUGGGUUCAUGUGAACACCCCUCAGUUAGAGUAAAUUGGGAUGGAUUUCACUACACCGAGGCUGCAAAUAAGUUUGUUUUCGACCAAAUUUCAACUGGAGCCUUUUCAGAUCCACCCAUACCCUUGAAAAUGGCAUGUCAUCGUGUUUAAUAAAAUGCCCUUGUAUAUGGCAUAUAUUUGAAAGAUUCAUGUUAAAUCUUGUCAAUUUAAAGUGUUUUAUCAUUAUAUAUAUUGAUGUGUAAUAAUUGUAAACCAA